CCCCGUCUCCACUAGUCCACUGCACCACCAACCUUCUCCCUGAGAGGAUCCUUGCAAUGGAGGCCAUCCUUUCCGCGAUCAUGAACGACCUCCUGAGCAGAGCCCUAUCCCUGGUGAUCCAGAGGUACAGGAGGUCCAGGGCACAAGAGGCGGAGCACGGGAUCCAGCGGCUGCAGCGUGUCCUGCUCCGGGUCGACGCCACGGUGGAGGCCGCCGAGGGGCGGCACAUCACCAAUCAAGCGAUGCUCCGGCAGCUCGAGAUGCUCCGGCAAGGCAUGUACGGGGGUCACUACAUGCUCGACACCGUCAAGUUCAGAGGCCAUGGGGGCGAUGACGAGGUGAGCGGCGGCCUACCUGUUGCCUUGCCUAGAUUCAGUUCAGCCAAGCGUCUCCCCUCCUUCACCGGUAACAGCAGCAAUGAAAGCCGCCAGAACCCCGAGAGCCCGAAGAAGCUGGAGAAGAUGCUCGAACGGCUCGAGACAUUGAUGGGCGACAUGCUGGAGUUCGGCGUGUUCUUGGAGGGAUACCCUCGCAUCCGCCGGCAGCCGUACUGCACCUACUUGAUUCUCGGCAAUGUGAUGUUCGGCCGGCAGAUGGAGAUGGAGACGGUCGUCAACUUCCUACUCCGACCAGAAGCCCCCUUUGGCAAUGGAGGUCCCGCCGUGCUUCCGAUCGUCGGCGUGGCGAGGAUCGGGAAGAGCACGCUCGUCGAGCACGUCUGCCUUGACGAGAGGGUGCGCAGCCACUUCUCGUCGAUCGUUGUCUUCACCGGAGAAGAUCUUGACGCCGGAGACCUGGCUGCUUUCAGAGGCAGUGCUGCGAUCAAGCAUCAAGAUGCCACCGCUGCGUCACGCGGGAGGUCACUCACGGUCAUCGAGCUAGCUGGGGACGUGGACGAGGGGGCAUGGAGGAGGCUGUACCACUCGGCAGCCAGCAGCAUGGGGCACGGGAGCAAGAUCGUGAUCACAGGCAGAUCAGAGAAGGUAGCUGCUCUUGGAACCACCAAGGCUCUCAGAUUGAAGGCUCUGCCGCAAGAAGCUUACUGGUACUUCUUCAAGGCGCUCGCCUUUGGGAGCGCGAACCCGGAUGACCAUCCAAAGCUCGCAUCCCUGGCCAUGGAGAUCGCGGAGCUGCUGGACGGCGUGUUCAUGGCAGGAAACGUGGUGGCAAGCCUGAUGAGAGCCAACCAGAGCACCGAGUUCUGGCUCAGGGUGCUCCAGUGCUUGAGAGACUACACCAGGAAACACCAGGCCAUGUUUGGCAGCCAUCCUAACAAGCUCUUGCAGCAAGGGCAGUCCGUGUACCCUUGGAGGAUGGCCGGGACUCACGACGUCGUCACAACGUUCUGCAAGAUCUAUCAGAAGCCAUCCGCCCAGGACGAUGUCCCGGAGGUAACCGUGCAGGACAUUCUAUCGGGACGUUCCACGCGCCAGGGGAAUUUCAGUGCAGUGGCAUGGGUAUCAACCGUUCCUCCCUACUACACCUUCUUGGCAAGCUGCGUGUCGCAGACGGUUAGGUGCUCUGCGGCCACCAAGAAGCGCCCACGACAUGCGAGGGCGUGA